AUGGGUAGCCUCGACGCAAACCCUGCCGCCUUCCCUGCGUUCAACAACAGCGUCGUCGACGGCAGCUUUCAGCCGCUCAAUCCCGACGACGUGCGUGCGUACCUCCACAAGGCCGUCGAUUUCAUCACGGAAUACUACAGCAACGUCGAGUCUAUGCCGGUCCUCCCGGACGUGAAACCCGGCUACCUGCAGGACGAGCUCACGGCGUCCCCACCGGCGCACUCCGCGCCGUUCGACGUCACCAUGAAGGAGCUCAGGGCCUCCGUCGUCCCCGGGAUGACGCACUGGGCCAGCCCCAACUUCUUCGCCUUCUUCCCGUCCACCAACAGCGCCGCGGCCAUCGCGGGCGAGCUCAUCGCCUCGGCCAUGAACACCGUCGGGUUCACGUGGCAGGCGGCUCCGGCCGCCACCGAGAUGGAGGUGCUCGCGCUCGACUGGCUCGCGCAGCUCCUGCGCCUGCCCACAAGCUUCAUGAACCGCACCGGCGCCGGCCGCGGCACUGGCGGGGGCGUCAUCCUCGGGACCACAAGCGAGGCCAUGCUCGUCACGCUCGUCGCCGCGCGGGACGCCGCGCUGCGCCGGAGUGGCUCCGAUGGCGUGUCUGGUAUCACGAGGCUUACGGUGUACGCUGCCGACCAGACGCACUCCACGUUCUUCAAGGCGUGUCGCCUCGCCGGCUUCGACCCUGCAAACAUCCGAUCGAUCCCCACCGGGGCCGAUACGGACUACGGGCUAGACCCGGCGAAGCUGCUCGAGAUCAUGCAGGCUGACGCCGACGCUGGCCUCGUGCCAACGUACAUCUGCGCCACGGUAGGCACCACGUCGUCCAACGCCGUCGACCCGGUGGGCGCAGUGGCGGACGUCGCCGCCAUGUUCAAUGCCUGGGUCCACGUCGAUGCCGCAUAUGCGGGCAGCGCGUGCAUCUGCCCGGAGUUCCGGCACCACAUCGACGGCGUGGAGCGCGUGGACUCCAUCAGCAUGAGCCCACACAAGUGGCUCCUCACCUGCCUCGACUGCACCUGUCUCUGGGUCCGCGAUGCUCACCGCCUGAGCGACUCCCUGGAGACAAACCCGGAGUAUCUGAAGAACGAUGUUACAGACUCCGGCGAGGUCACCGAUCUCAAGGACAUGCAGGUCGGCGUCGGCCGCCGCUUCCGUGGGCUAAAGCUUUGGAUGGUCAUGCGCACAUACGGGACUGCUAAGCUCCAAGAGCACAUCCGCAGCGACGUCGCCAUGGCAAAGACCUUCGAGGGCCUCGUCCGUGCCGACGAUCGGUUCGAGGUCGUCGUGCCGAGGAACUUCGCGCUGGUUUGCUUCAGGAUGAGGGCGAGUGGAGCCAUGACGGAGGAAGUCGCCGAUGAGAUGAACCGUGUGCUGAUGGACCGGCUCAACAAGUCCGGGAAAGCCUACCUCGCACACACGGUGGUCGGCAACAGAUUCGUUCUGCGGUUCGCGGUGGGAUCGUCGUUGCAGGAGGAGCGGCAUGUGAGAAGCGCGUGGGAGCUCAUCAAGAAGACGACCGCCGAGAUCAUGGAGGAGCCGAUCAUGCAAUGA